GAAUUUCUCCGACGUAUUGAUAAUAAAAACUUUAUAAUGAAAACGAGCAGUUAUAAAAUAUUUUAGAAAGUCACAUUGUUUCUAUGAAAAUAAUAAUGUGUGUGUUUUUUAAAAUAAGUUUCAUUUAUAUUCUUUAUAUCCAUGCUUAACGACAUGGUUUUGUUUAUAAUAUUUAAUAUUUUAAUUUAUUCGCAUCUCCUAUUUGGGCUUAACGAAACCUUUAAUUAUGAAAAACUUCACAAAUUUGGAUUAGGUCGUCCAAUUAUUUACAGACGCAGGAAUUAUAAUUACGCGUAUCCCGAAGAACUGGUGACAAAGCGACCUGAUUACAUACGAUCGCCAUACAGGAAUGUGUAUCAAGGAGCUAUUCCUAACAAGGGUGACAGAAGGGUGUAUAAUAAAAGAUUCCAAUACAAGCCACAAAUUAUGGGUCAUAAAUUAAUUUGCAAAGGAGUGUUUGACUGUACGCUAACACAUUUGGCUAUCGAAACAAAUGGUAGUAUUCCAAUAAUAUUCCGUGGAGGCGUAGGGUACAAAUAUUUUACGAUUAUAAUAAAGGCGGAUGCCGGAGACGAGCUAUCCGGGAGAGUGAGAGCUUUCUGUGCACGUGUAGUAAGUGAUAAAGAAAACUAA